CUCAACAGAAGCAAAAGGCUCAAGUAAAUUCAAUCCUCCAGCUAGAUCUGCACAAUUCCCCUUCUCUCACCACCUCGAACCUCUCGAUGCCACUCUGGGCAUCGAAGGUGUGUUUCGAGUUCGCCCUCCAUUCCCAUUCUGCCCUCUGGAUUGAGUUAACCUUAAGUUUACAUCACUUGAAAAGCCGACACUCGCCGCGCGUACCGCACCGCAAACCUCCAUCCACGGUCUUGCAACCAUCUCCUCUGGCCAGCGGGUUGACUCUCCCAUGGUGGAAUCGCCUAGGACAUUGCCCCCGUUAAUGGCCGGGCCGAGUAAUGACGAUGCAACAUCCAACGGCUUCACAAUGCCUCCACCUCCAAAUGCCGGAGGCAGCCCUCGGAUGUCAGAGUCUUCACCCGCUGACCGGAGAAGUGGACUCCCUCCGUUGGAGUCCAUGAGAGCCUAUCGGGCAUGUUUGAAUUGUCGAAGCAGAAAAAGUAAAUGUUACCUGGAGGCAAACGGUGGCAGACCGGUGAGUUUUUCUUUUUAUUUUCAUCUUCUCCACGGUCCCGUACCUUGAGAGUGGCUAUUUUCCUCGACAAGGCCAUGUUAACAUCUCGUCCUCGUGACUCGGAGGCACAUCACGCAGCUGUGGCUAUCACGGCUUCAAGAAAACAAACUGAUCGAGACAUCUAUUUAGCCUUGUCGAAGAUGCCAGCGAGAGGGAAAGGAUUGCGUCUUGGGGGAAAGCCAUCGUGGUGGUCGUAGAGUGAGAAAGAAACCGAAACUUGACGAGAACCUGACGCAAGAUAAUCAAACCUCUCCUAUUCAGGAUGAUUCGGUUGUUAUAAAUAACGGCAGCUCGUCUCCAAAUAAUUCGUUUUCUGGAUCAUCACUGCCUGUGCAGACUGCUGCAUACAAUCACGUUCCACAAUCGCCUCAUCUAAGAUCACCACCUUUUCAGCACAACUAUGGUACUCAACCAGAACCAACAUAUCCAUGGCCUCAACAAUUGACACCGGCUACUACCGUGAGUCAUAGUGACCCCCAUCGGGUGGAAGAUAAACUUGUAAGGAUCUUUUCUUCUGUGAAAGCCUUCCAAGUCAUGCUAACUUUCAUUCUAAAGCUCAACGGUUCCACGUCUUUAUUAGAAGGGAACUCAUCAAAAUCCGCAGAAAGAACGGGUGUUCAUGAAAAUAUUGCCUCCGUAGAUCUACAAAACCCAUCUGAUGCCUUGGAUAUCUUAGCUCAAGUCGCUCAUUCCGCCGAGGAUGGCGAAUCGCCACCAAGUGAUCAGCCUCAAAAUCAAGCAAGGAAUCAUCAAACCAGCCCAAUCGAAAGUCUCCAUAGCCCUCUUGUAACCAACCCGGACUCCUACCUUCACUAUAAGCCCGUUCAAGAUGGAAUGAUUAGUCCCGAGAUGAUUUACCACUUAUUCUCAAGGUAAGAUCCUGGGUGAGAAUUUCGUAAAUUUCCUUUCUAACCAGAAACAGCUAUGAAGAGUUUUUCCAUCCAUUCUUUCCCAUAAUUCCCCAAGAAACGUUCGACAGAGCAAGACUGCCAUGGAUGUCUCGGAAUGAACCUCAUUUGUUCUCUGCCAUUCUCACAGUUGCGUCCAAAGACCAAGAGAGAGUUCACCAACUUUGCUACGACCACAAUCAGCAGUUGGUUUCUAUGAUUCUAUCUGGCGCAGAUGCGGAUGUUGAAGCAGUCGAAGCGCUUUUACUCUUAUCACAGUGGGUUUCCCAUCGACCUCAAUCCACCCUUGCGGUUGGUCGUGGUGAAGAAGACCGUGUAGCUUGGAUGUAUAUCGGAACGGCAUUACGACUUGGCUACUUUCUUGGAAUCGAUAGGACGUCUUUCAAGAGCGAUGUUCAUGAAGAUCAAGCAAUUUUCAAUCGCAAAAGACUCGUAUGGUCGGCAUGCUAUAUUUGCGAUCGUCAAGUCUCUGUCAGAAUUGGAAAGGGUUUCUGGUCUAGAGGUCCUGGUCCUUUAUCUGGGCUCAGAUCUAGUGACUUCCCCACCCUCCAGCCUCCACCGAACUCCCAAAAUACCGAUGACUGGAGUCGUAUUUUUCAAGCCAACCUUGAGUUGACGCAGAUAUUUGGCAACGUCCACGAUAUCCUUUACUCUUCGAAAGGUCAUGGAUGGAAAGAAAUGCUAGAGGGUAGGUAUACAAAAUAUCUAGACGAUUUUCGCACUAGUAUUAGAAAUUGGCAUGAGCUUUGGGGAGAUUUUGCUUGUAAGCAUCGAACCUAUUCUGAUCUAAACAAAGUACUGAUACUCUAUAGGCUCUCCUAGACUGAAAGCAACCCUUCUGUUAACAUACGAAUACCUACGUCUAUAUGUAAAUGCAUUCGCCUACCAAGCCACUAUAUCACGAGCUCUCACUUUCCAACGAGAUAGUCAACGCACCCAAAAUCGACCGAUGCAAUUGAUAGAUGCCUCAGCCUCCGACGCAAGAUUCAUCUAUGAAGCACUUGACGCUGCUAAAUCUCUUCUGUCUACUUUCAACACGUUCGUUGAUCCCGAAACACUUCGAUAUAUGCCAUCGUCAUAUUAUCUGUACAUCAUCUAUAGCGCCGUAUUUCUUUACAAGGUAAACUCUACUAAUUCACCGAAAACCCUUAUAGACCCUCGCUAACCCAACCAAUUAUAGGCCCGCUCCACAACAACAAUGACCGAAGAAGAAAGAACAGUAGUCCGCCAAAUGAUCCAACAGACCAUCUCCCGCCUUGAGAAAGCCUCCGUAGGCGCCAACGGAAUGGGCUCCCGCUACGCGCGCCUCCUCCAACUCCUCUGGCGCAAAGCCCCCCACAAGCGAAUGCCACUCAACCAUCCAAACCACGACCCCACCACCACCACCACCAACUACCCCCUCAAUCCCGCCAACCAAACCCCAUACGAACACACCGGAUUCGCACCCAUCCAUCUAAGUCCCAACGGCCACGACGCCUCGCGGUUCGCAUCCCAGCCACGACCAGCGGGCCCGGGGACGUUUAGUUGGUUGGAUCUGGAUGCGACGUGGAAUUUUGCAACGCAGAAUAAUGGGAGUACGUUGAGUCAGGGAGGUGAUUCGGUGGAUACGGAGAAAGGCGUGGGGGGCAUGGGGAUGGAUGUUGAUGGGAUGAGUCCGUCGAAUUUCAAUUUUUGGGAUAUGGGGUUGUUGAGUGCCGAUUAUUCGUUGUUGGAGGGGGAUAAUCCGAAUUUGCUUUUUUGAUUUGAGGGGUUGGUUUAUUGGAAAGGAGGAAAAGGGGCGUUAUAUAGGAUGGAAAAACUUUGGAAAAUUUUGGGGAAUUAGGGAAUGGAGAAUGAGGGAUUGUAUUACCACUUGGAUUGGAUUGACAUGCACGGCGUUGGGUUAUUCGAUAGUCUGUAGGUACCUAGUUCAGCGCGGAGUCGAGUUGUCGUUGUAAGAAUAUCAUAUCA